UUGAAAAUAAUCGCGAUGCUACCUCUGUACACCCUUAUUCUGGGGCUAUCGGUCCUCUCCAUACUGCCCGAGGAUGUUAUCGGACGCUGCGAAAUGGCGAUAAUGGAUCCAGCACCCCUAAUCUUGACAAGCUUCGGGUCGAGGCACCUUUUGACUGACGCCCAGGUCCCAUUUGUACGAGACUCCUACGAAUCGGUACAGAUGUAUUGUGCAGGAGGGUUUGAAGUUAAUGGAGGGAGGUACAACUGGAUGAAUCUUGAGGACACAAGUGAAAUUUUCUCUUGUAAUCUUGACUAUUUUAAUUCGAAAAAAUACCCUUCAGACACUAUAUCAAGUGUUCGUUGUAGGGGAACGACGGUUUCCCAAUUGUUCGAGAGUCGAACCAGCUUACCAGACUGUGGAGACCACAUGACGCUCGUGGUUGCGCAGGACUUCGGCGAAAUGGGAUCCAUUAAGAGUGCGGGGAUUUGCUACGACAUUGUUGGGCUUGAGCUCAAGUAUGUCAGCUACACGGCUUAUCCGCCAAAGAACAGGCUUAUUGAGAAGGUUCAAUUGGGACAGUUGAAUGUCCUGGGACUGGAUAUUAACGUGACAUACACCAAAAGUCUAUUCAAGACUGUAAGUCCGAUGGUAAUUGAAGAAUACUGGAAGAAGGACAAGCAGCUCAAGCAGCUUUUCGGCGGGGUUAUCUUUGAGUACACCAGCCUGGUGCAGGAUGAGGAUAUCAGAAGACAGCUGGCUGGCUAUGAGGAAAUGCUCAGUGUCGUUUGGCUGCGUAGCCUGCGCACCGGAAACUGGAGGCAGUGGCUCAAUGCAUUACAGGCGGCCAUCGAGCCAGCAGGGUCCAAGUUCGAUAUUCGCCUGGGGGUUUCGGGUCAACUUUCAAUGCCGCUGAUGCGAGAGUGCAAUGCCAGUCGCAUCCUCAGCAUCGAGUUAGACAACGGUCACUCGCCGCUGAAACUGCCCGCCCACAUCUGGGCCCAUGUGCGGGACCUGCACCCGACUGGGAAGGCACAGGAUGAGUUCGUCGUAAUCGGUCACAACUCCCCUUUUUUCAAGGCCGAGGACAUGAAAGAAUUCUGCCCCACCAUGUGCGAGCAGGUGGCUUGGCUGAAGAAUAGUGUGUUCGGCAGUCUUCGCGACUACCCCGCCUAUGGCUUUGUGCAAUGCUGCCGCGUCCAGGAUGUAGCCCACAAGUUGGAUAACUUUCCCGGGGUAGCCGAGAGUUCAGUUUCCACAUCCACAGCCACUCCCGCGGAAUCUUAAUGCAAAGAGAGAGGAAACUAUUUCCAGUUCCUGCAGCAUAUAAUAAUACAGCGGCUAUCGGCUUCGUAAUUGGUGAAUAAGCCAAAAUUUUUUUUUGUAUACCGUGCUUUUUAUACCCGAUACUCGAAAUGAGUAUAGGGAUAUAGGGAUACAACAAUUUUAAAGCACUUUUCGGUACGGCUCUUAAACCAUUUUCCCAUAAAAUUUAUUUGCGCCUAUUUAUUUUCGGCAUUUCACUACACUUAACUUCAAAGACUGCAGAAAAUUAAAACAAAUUAAAACGGG